AUGCCUUUGCUGCCGUCGUCUGUCAAAUCGUUUGCGAACACAGAUUUCUGGGAAAGUUUUUACCGGCAACAUGUGGCGCCCUUUGAAUGGUAUGGUGAUUUCAACGAUCUGGGCGAUGUUUUAGAGCGUUAUCUGAAGCCGUCCGAUCACAUACUACAAAUUGGUUGCGGUAACUCUAAACUUGCGACUGAGUUGUAUGAUAAUGGUUACCAAAACUUAUGGAAUAUCGAUACGGAUAAGAGUUCGAUAGAGAAGCAAGUUGCAGAGAAUUGUAAGGGGAGGGCAACACUUUCAUUUCAGUGUGCUUCAGCUGAACAGUUACCAUUCACAGAUGGAAGUAUGAACGUUGUAUUGGAUAAAGGCUUUUUGGAUGCUAUUUUGCCACCACCCGAAAAAGAAUUGCCGUUGAAAAGUGAUGAUGAGUUGAGUAAUAUUAUCCAAACUAACAACAACAUCCAGUUGAUAUUCGAUGAAAUCUCACGGGUUCUAGUGAACAAUGCUGGUCGUUAUAUUGUUGUUUCGUUAGCACAAUCACACAUUCUUCAUCAUUUUUUGUAUUACUUCUCAACAAGUGUUGUAAUCUUUGAUGCUGAUUUUAUUCCGUUUCUAUGCAGGGGUUUUAUGAUUCGUAUUCAAAUUGUUGAGCAGAAGAACGAUUCAACAAAUACCUUCUUUAUGCCCGUCGUUUUCUUGAUUGCCACUAAACUUCGCUUCCAACUUCCGACAAAAAUGAUUGAAUUAGUGAGAAAUAAUAAAGAUAAAGCCGAGCGUUUUACAAGCAUCAAAUCGGUUUGUGACGAAAUCAUGGCUGUGCAAGAAUUUGCACAUUUUUGUCAUUUAUGUAGAAGGAAACUGACGAAUGAAAUCAACAUCCGUUUGGUUGAUGGUCAAAAUGGUAAAGACAAAUAUGAGAUAUGGCUGAUUGAUGAUCAGGAAAUGAAUUGUACAUCGCGCAGUAAAUUCGCUUCAUAUGCAGCAUUCAUCGUGCCACUUGGAAGAGAGGAUGAGUGGCUGUUUUGUACUGAGAAAGGCAGAAUGCAGCUGCGUAAACAGUGUGAUAAGUCACGUUUGGCUGUUGUUUUGUUGUUUCGUGAUCAAAUCUACGACAAUUUAGAGAUGAUUCAAAACGAUUUAAAUGAUAUUAUUCUCAAAUUUGCACCUCCUCAGCUUAAGAAUAGUCGAAUCGAUUAUUUAUCGCUUGGCAAAGUGAAUGUAUUGAAAGAGUUAUCGAGAGGGCAAUCAAAAAUAAGUGGCGAAUGGAGUGUUGAAGAUGUUAAUUUGGGUGAUGCGGGCUCGCGUUAUCGACGACUCGUUUUCCUCACAUCCAAAAAUGUGAUUCAGUCAGAAUGUAAACUGAUCGCCAACAAAACAAGUGGUGGAUGGAUGGUUGAUUUGGAUUCACUUUCAUGUGCUCAUCAUGAAGCGAUGCUAACUGCGUUUGCAUUCAUUGAUGCUGACAAGAAGGCUUCUUGUGACCAACAACGGCUCAGGAUUGCUGUUCUUGGUCUUGGUGGAGGUUUACUUGUGUCAUUUUUGUAUCGACAUUUUACGAAGGCGUCGAUAACGGCAGUUGAACUCGAUGAAGAGGUGCUGAAGAUUGCGAAUCGUUGGUUCGCACUCCCAUCAACAGAAAAUAAUAAACGUUUAUUGGUCGUGAUCGAUGAUGCACUUCAUUUUUUGGAUCAGACUAAAGAAGAUGUUAAAGCGCACAAAAUGGAGCCUUUCGACGUGCUAUUGGUCGAUUUAGCUGGCGCCGUUCACGAGCCGGAUUUAAGCUGUCCACCGCGAGAAUUUUUAAGUGAUACGGCAUUGAGUGGAAUGUCUGAAAUACUUUCGGACAAUGGAGUGAUGGCGUUAAAUUUGGUAACAAGAGAUGCUGACGUUUCGGCCAUAGCAAAGCGUCAAGUGCGUCAGUAUUUUCCACGAAUUUAUGUUCAUUCAAGUGAUGAAGAUAUCAAUGAGGUUAUUAUAAUUAUACUUUUUUAA